GAAAUAGAGGAAAACUUACCUUGAUUUAAAAUUCAAAAUUUUACGAGAAUUAUGUGAGUGACGACGGUUUGACACAAUGACAAGAAUGCCAAGAUAACUUCUAUUGAAUAAUUUUCGUGAAUUUUUGGGCAAUUUUCUUUUUUCUAUUUAUUCUUUUGAAUAAACGUGUUGAGAUGGUUUAGUACGUUUUAAAGUCAAUACCAAACGAGGCAUUUGUUUAAUGAGUAUCCUUGGUGAUAAUAAAUGAAUGUAGAAAGCGUCAGUUGAAGAUCAAGGUACGGAAAAUUGUUUUAUCGCCAUUUUGUGAACGCCAACUUAUUGAGUAUCAUGAUAAAAAAGUGCUGCUGAUUAUACUACUAUUUUUCUUUGAUCAUCUACGUGUACAAUUAUUAUUAUUGUAAUGCAGAACUGCCAAAUGUGAGGAAGAUUCAACAUGCUAAAAAGUGUCGUGUUGAGUAAAUCUUCUGACAAGAAAGUCCAUAAAUUGAACAAUGAAGAAACUCCAUCAACAUCAUCGUCAUCAUCAUCAUCAAAAACAAAAUCUAGUGAUAAACAUAAAAAAGUGACGAAUAAAAAUUCUAACAGCGAUGUAGUUUCUAGAUUCGAUUCAAUUCAUUUGUCGGAUAUUAAAUUGCCACCAGAACCGGCGCCUAACAUGAAGCAUCACAAUAGGGAAAAGAAACACAGAUAUAAAAAGGAGAAACGUGAUAAAAGUCGUUCUCAUCAUAAACACCACAGUGAUAGAAAAAGUGAAAAAUCGAAGCAUAGUGAAUCGAGGAAAAGUGUCGUGACUUCAUCUGAAAAUAAAGAUAUCAAUAAUGCUACUUCAGAUGAUUAUCUGUUGACGAUCGAUACUGGAAAGAGUUUCAUGAAUGAGAAUAUUGAUUUUUCUAAAACCAACAUUAAUUUUGAUAAGCAACAAUAUUUGGAUGACAAUGACGAAUAUGACAAACGAUUCUCAGAUGUUAAGAGGUACAUUCCAUUUUUAGAGAUGAUGAUCGACAGACAUCGGCAAAUGAAUGAUCAUAAAUCGUUGAAAAAAAUGGAGAGUCUACAUGAAGUCCUAACACAAUCAAAGAAGAAAUUGAAAAUGGAAACUUUACGAAGAUGCGAGGAUGUCUUGGAGAAAUUGUAUCAUAAAGUAGGAGAGUCUCUGAGAAAGGAAACUAGUGCCGAAGCUCUGAUGGAUUAUAAUUCCGUUUUUUCAUCAUCCCGGAAGAACAAGAGAUUCCAUCAAAUUGGAAAUUUGGACGCUUCCUACGACGAUGGUGCUUUGAGUCCAAUAUCAAGUCCUUCAGCCAGCCCAACACCACCGUUCAGUCCCGAUGACAACUGCCUGAUAAUCGACGAUGACAAUGACAUCGACAAUGACACGAUCAUCAAACGUUUAGAAAAACAAGCUCACAGUCCUGAAGAGGGAGAAAUUAUUGACUGUUCCGACAGUGGUGAAGAUGAUGUUGGCGGUUCUUCUCCAACAAUUAUUCAUGAUGAUUCUUCAAAGCGAACAAGACGUGAUAGUGAUAUGAGUCUCGACGACGACGCGGCUAAAAACGACGACGAUUGGAAGGCUUUUGUCGAUAAGCACUCUCGUCAAAAACCAACAUCACCAAAGUGGAAACCAACACGGCAACCAAUUGUCGUCACGGGCCACGAUGUCAGCACAGCUGCUCAAAUCGUCGGCAACAAUAUUUCGAAGAAAAUCACCACACCUCGCGCAAUUACUCCACCGCCAAAAAUAUUAAACGAAAGUGAAUUGAAUCAAGUUUUCAACGAGGAGGACAGUUUCGACAGUGAUCGUAUGCACAUACCAGUGUCGCCUGACUCCAAUUCUCGACUAGAUUCACCGUUGAACGUUCCCGAGGAGGGUCUUCGAUCACCCGAUCCCGAUUUGUUUAAGGAUAAAUCAAAUUCACCGCCACAGAUAGUUGAAGAACCUCCAGCACCCGUACCGCCACCUGAGCCGAUAAUAAAUCCUCCGCGAGUCAAUGACAUACCACUUAUUUCCAUGGCCGAUCUUGAAGACUUGAUACUUAAUCAAAGUAAAAUUCUCAAAGACGGUUUACCCCAACAACCAGGUGACAAGGACGACAAGGAGAAGGAAGUUCCCAAAAGUCCCGAACCAGUAACACCGAUUCGUCGAAAACAAACAGGAAACGUGAAAAUUGCUCCAAUGACACUGAAACUCGACGCCUUUAUUUCCGGCGGUAAGGAACGUACACCUUCACCCGAAUUGCCCAUCGAUCCAAGAAUUCGUUCCCGCUUGCAGAAAGAGAAGAACGUCGAUCCAAGGUUAGCAAAGGACAAACAACCACCAGUUCCAGCUCGAACUCCAGCACCACCGCCGGACAUGUAUUCUCUUCACGAUUUCAACGUCAAUCCAAAUUCACCAUCGCCACCAGUUGCUCCAAUACCGGCUCCACCCGUGAGUACUUAUCCAUCUUCUACCAGUGCCAGUCAAUGGAAUUACGGCGCCAACAUGAAUCCCAUGUCCAGCAUGGCCAAUCAGUACGGAAUGCCUCGCGACUCAACUUCUCAUAAUGAUUCCUGGGAGAGGAAUACUCCCAUGAAUCCCAUUAUUAGUUCCACCAUGAGCACCGGAAUCAAUCCAAACAUGAAUCCUGUAAUGAGCCCAAAUAUGAAUUCUGGAAUGAAUAUUAAUCCAAAUAUGAAUCCUGGAAUGAAUAUUAAUCCAAACAUGAAUUCUGGAAUGAAUAUAAAUCCAAAUAUGAAUCCUGUAAUGAAUUCGAAUAUGAAUCCUGUAAUGAAUUCGAACUUGAAUCCUGGAAUGAAUCCGAAUAUGAAUCCUGGAAUGAAUAUGAGUCCUAAUAUGAAUCCAGCAAUGAGUAUGAGUCCCAAUAUGAAUUCUGGAAUGAAUAUGAACUCCGGAAUGAAUAUGAAUCAAAAUAUGGUUCAUGGACCGGCUAUGAAUAUAUCGCCAAAUUCCGCUUACGGCAAUAAUAUUCGUCCUGGAAAUAAUUAUCAAAAUUACGAUCCUCAUUUUCAACAACCACAACAACCGCCACCACAGCAGCCGUAUCCCGUUUCGGAAGGUUUCGGAAACAAUACAAUGCCCUAUGGACAUCAAAAUCCACCAAAUUGGAAUCGACCCGAUGAUCCAAUGAUGGAUCAGAGAUUGCCUCCUGUACGAGAUCCUCGUGAUCUUCGCGAUCCAAAUAUUCACAUGGACAACAAUCGUAUGGACUGGAAUUGGGACAGGCAGAGCGAUUGGGAUCGCGAUCGACAGAACAAUUGGGAUCGUGAAAGGCAGAGUGAUUGGGACAGAGGCAGAAUGACCGACUGGGAUCGCGACCGACAGAAUAAUUGGGAACGAGACCAACAGAAUGAUUGGUCCAGACAAAACGAUUGGGACCGAGGUCGACAAAAUGAUUGGGACCGUCAGAACGAUUGGGACAGACAAAAUGAUUGGGACAGAACGAACGAUUGCAAUCGCCAAAGUGAUUGGGAUCGACAGAAUGAUUGGGACAAUCGAAAUGAUUUCAGAAAGAAUCGAAAUAAACUCAAGGAAAUUAUAACCAGAGAUCCAAGGCUUAUCGCCAAGGACAAGGCGAAGGAAGCCGAAAACGAAAAGGAGAAAGAGAAAGUAAAAGAAGAUGAUAAAGGAAAGGAAAAGCCAAAAGAGGAAGAUAAAGAAAAGGAUAAAGAGACAGACAAGUCAAAGGAGACAGAAAAGGACAAGAUCGCAGAAGCGGACAAAGAGAAGGAAAAGAAGGAAGGAGAAAAUUUAGACGAGGAGAAAGACGUCGAAAAGCAGAAAACACAAGAGAAGGAAAAAUUAAAAGAUAAGGACAAGAAGGAAAAAGAGAAAAUAAGGGACAAGGUAAAAGAGCGACGAUCCUCCGACAGUCGUGAAUUAGUGAAAAUUCCCCUUGGGAAAUCGAGUUUAAAAGUUAAUAAAUUCGAUAUUUUAAAGAACAAAGAGAAAAUGAAACAAACUUUACAAAAAUUAGGAUUAAAGAAGAAAUUACCUGAAAAAGGUGGAAAAGUAUCUCUGGAAAGUAUGUACGGUGUCGUCGAUACAAAAGCAGCUGCCGGUCAGCAAAUCUUGCAAAAAUUCAAAAUCCCCAAACUAAAGAAACCAGAUUCCACUCCCUCUGAUCCAAAACAAUCAAAUUCUGACGAUUCCAAAACUAUCCCGAAGACUGACGAUUUGAAGAAAAAGAUCGACCUCAAAUCCAAAGAGCGAGAAAAAAUUCUUCAAACCAAGGAUAAAAUUGUUCGAAAAGAGAAAAAUGAGAAGGAAAGUGACAAAGAGAAGAACAAGGAAGUCGAGAAGGAGAAAAAUAAAGAAGUCGACAAGGAGAAAAAAGACGUUGAAACUGUCAAGGGAAAGAGGAAAGCGAAGAAACCAGACGAGCCUAAGACUGUCGAACCAAAACAAGAUAGUGAUCAAAUAGCCUCUCAUGAGCUGAAAAACUUCAUAAACAUUAUUCUUAAUCAAGACGGCGGGAAGGAAUUUUUGAAGAAAGCAACCUUGCUAAAUCAAUUCAAGGAAAUUUUCGACACCGACGGAGACUUGAUGAAAUUGAAAGAAUUCAUUGAUAGCGAGUCGAAAUCCGAUAAUGAUGACGCCAACAACGCCACCAAGAAGAAGAGAAAAUCCUUCCCAAGAAGACGUUUCAUCGUCUCUGACUCCGAGGACUCUGAAGACGAAACCCUGGCUAAGAGAAUCGAACAACUCGAUUCGUCGAAAGAGAAAAAGAAGACCGAGACCUCCGAAAAGAAGAACACGACCCGAAAACCCAGAAAGAAGACCGUUCCCACGAAAGUUGAAAAUAAAAAUGAAGAUAAAAAUGAAGAGAAUAGGGUAGACGAAGAAAUACCCGGGGCAAAAGAAACCAACGAAGAUACGACUGUAGAAUUCACUAAGAGAGAACUUCCCAAAAGGGGAGUUAACAAAGAAACUCCCAAGAAGGCAGAGGAGUCUGAUGAAGAAUUGUCCAAGGAGGAAAAAUCCAAAGAAGAAAAUAAGGAACAGGAUAAACUACCCUCUGAUGUUUGUAAGGAAAACGCCAAAGAUGUCAAAAACACCAAAGAGGACGAGAAAGAAGAGGACGAAAAAGAAGAGAAAGAAAAAGAAGAGAAAGAAAAAGAAAAGGAAGAAAAAGAAAAAGAGAAAGAAUCCAGUGAAGAUAAAGAAGAGAAGGAAGAAAAAGAGUCAAGUGAUAAAGAAAAAUCCACGGUUCCAAAAGUGAGAGCAAAACCGCGAAGGAAAAAUUCUCUGGAAAGAUUGCAGGAGGAUUUGAAGGAUUACAUCAGCUCUGGCAUCAUAACCGCUGGUCAACGAACUUGUAGAAUGGCUAAGGAGACAAAUACAAACUCCGCUGCUAUUACUACAAGUCCUUUAGCCAGUACUGCAGACAGUGCAACUUCAUCCCCGGAAUCGAAAUUAAAACCCGGACCGAAAUUUACAAAGAAAUCGCCCACAAAAGAAGGAUCAGCUUCAGCAGGAGAUUUGUCCUCGAAGGAAGAGAACAUAAAGACCACUCCCGUAAAGAAGAAGAAAAAACUAUCAGGUCCCAAGUGCAAACGAUCUCGUGUCGAAAUGAUGGAACCCACCGUUCUUCUUCGUCGAGCCGACACCUCAAUGUUGGACGAUCGUCACGAUUCAUCGUCAGACGAGAGCAAUGUCGACGUCACUGAAGUUAAUUCCCCUCCAGGCAGUCCGGACACUUCGAAACUUCCAAGAACGAGAGCGGCGAGAAGAAAGAUUUUAAACAAUAAGGAAGAUGAGACACUUACCGAUACGGAGAGUUUGACUUCUGAUAUUUCAAUGUCAAGCAGCACUGCCUCGAAGAAGACGGAAGAGGCAUCGAAGAGUUUCACGAAAUCCGUCGAUGACGAUGUGGAGAAUUUGGAAAAUCCCCAAAAUGAUACCAUUCCGAAAAAAGUCACCAGGAGAAAGAAGAGAUCCGGCUGGCGUUUGGGAGUCGUCUCCAAAGCAAAGAGAAGAAAAGCUCGAGCUGUUAAGCUCGUUCCGACUGUCGACAAUGAGGACGACUUCCGAAGACCUUCGAUCGAAGUCAUCACUGAUCUAGAAACUAGAAAACGAAUCCACGGUUCUUUUGAUCCGAAAGUAAAAGCAGAACCUGAAGACAACGAGGAAGAUUCGACUUCUGUGGCCGAUUCCCAAGAUUCGGAAAUUGUAGUCAAACAUGAGAUAAAAUCGGAGGAAAUAGAAGAUAUCGUGAAGGAGGAGAAUAUGGAUAUCGACCUGGACGAAACGGAAAUGAAUACUUCCAAAGAGUCCCUUGAUAAUGAGCUGAAAAUAAGCAACAGCAAACUCCUCGAGUAUUCUUCGUACGGUCUGGAUAAAAUCAAGUGUCUACAUUGUCGAUUUUACGGCAAGAGUAUUGUGCACCAUUACGCGAUAAUGCAUCCCGAGAAGGAAGUCUCGAUAUCAAGACUCAACCCUCAGGAUGCCGAGUCUGCAAUUCAGGAAGCGCGGGAAAUGAACUUUGAAAAUGAGGACAAACUACAAAACGAUGAAUUUAGUUUCAUCUGCCGAUUCUGUCCCUUCAAGAGCGAAGGUCGAAGAGAAGACUGCAUGGAAUCGAGCUAUGAACACUGCACAUCCCACACCGGUGAAUAUCGAUUCAGAUGUAAACUCUGCUCCUACAUGUCAAUCACGAGAACAACGAUGAAAAUUCAUCACUACAAAAAAUACAAACCCCAAGGUUUGUCACUCGGGGAAACAAUCAACGAGCAAUGGAUUCCAGCCAACAAUCGUGUUUACGGCUACAUCUGCUCCCUGUGCAAUUUUGUCCAACUCCACAAGAGCAAUGUCGCGAAACACGUUCAGCAAUGGCACAAAGAAACCCCAAAUGUCGAGAUUAUCAAAAUUAAUAUGUCUCUUGAUAAAUAUUACAAAACUGAGAAAGUCGAAAAUUCACAAAAACCUUCAGGAAUUUCGAAAAUUCCUGAAUUUUCAAAUUCGGAUGUUUUGGAAAUUUCAAAUUCAGAAGUUUCAGAAAAUAGGACUGAUGAGAAAAAUCGUGUGGAAAACGAGACGGAAAAAGAAGAGGCGGACAAGGAAACGAGGAAAAAUAAUCUGAGUGCUUUCGUCUGCCCCCCGGAACUGGAGAACAACGAGGAGAUCGAACUGGAGCGAAAGAAGAAAAUGCAGGAGAUUGUCGAGAAUAUUGGCAUAAAAGUCAACAACAAGGAAGUGAAUAAACUCUCAAUUAUCGAUCAACUAAAAGACAAGAUGGAAACAACGAAUUCACCGAAUGAUGAAUUGAAUGAUCCACUCAAUGAAGAAGUUCUCGAAGACGAAAGUGAAUUGAGAAUCGAAACAUUAACCGAAGAGGAAAAACCAGUGGAGACCGCAUCAGAGUCAACUGAUUCAACACUUCAUUGUAGUGAGGAGUUUUCCAACGCCGAUAUUCUGGAGGCAAAGGAAGAUUGCGAUACAAACGAGAACGAGGAUGAUAAAGUUUCGAAACCAAAGGAUCCAUUGGACGUGGAGAAUGAUACGCAAGACGAGGUGAGUGAUGGUGAACAACCGUCUUUGCGAUUCGACACCGAGUCGAGUUCGGAUAAUGAAGAGACGACAACGGCUGAUGUGAACGAUUUGCUCAAGGAGACCACGGAUAUUAAGAAUCAAUCUAAUGAUUCUAUGAUGACGACUAUUCAGAGACUUGCGGCUCAAAUUCAAGGAUCCAAGUCAACGAGUCCUGAAGCCGAUGGUCCGACACUUGUUGAGAUUAGUUCUCCACAAAAGGAAAUUCCGAGGGCGCCCAAUGUCAUUCCUAUUGCAGCUCUCAAGAAAAAACCAUCGCUGAGUUCAUUUUUUGGUAAUUAUCAACCGAAUUCCGAAGAGAUUUGUUUGGAUGACAAAAGUGAGGAUUCUUCGUUGCCGAAAUUAUUCUUGAGACCCAGACGUAUUAGUGGGGAUAUGCUCUCUGUUCCUGAGACGGAAAAUGAAACUGCUCCCGUUGCCGGUACGAGUAUGCAGAAUACGGAAAAGGAGACGGCUGUAAACAGUCCAGGUGUUUCGACUACAGACAGUGAUUCGUUCCUGAAAAUCGAGAAUGUUGUCAGUUUGGCUAAUCCUUCGGAAAGUGGGAGCGAUAAUACAGUUGUCAGAGACAUUAUAAAGGCAGUAGAAAGCUCUCAUAUUAAAAUCUCACCUCUUUCUCUCUUGAAAAAGAAUGGUCCAAUUAUCUUGAAGCGAGUGAAUAAACCUCCACCAUUGACACACACAUUAUCAAGUCAAACGAUAAAAGCCGUGAAUCCAAAAUCAAAUGAGACAGUCAAAUUAAUUCCAAUCAAUAUCACUCCAAAUUCUUCAGCAUCGCCUGGCAAUUACUUACCCGUAAUGAGUCCGGCAAAUUUUAAAACCUACAUGGACGGUAAAAAGGUCUCAAUUUGUAAUUCAAAUUCCACUUCAAUCCUCACAAAACCAGGGAAUUUAUCCACUGUUUCCAUUGCCAAACCCUCGAAUUUAACUCCAACUCCAAAACCAGCUGCAGUAAAUCCCGUUCCAGUUGGUAAUAAUCCCAAUCCCAUUAAAGCCACAACCUAUGCUCCAAUUAUUAAUCCCAAUUUUCCCAUUCCAAUCUGUAAAACUGGAACUUUGACUCCAAUUGCACCAGUCACUAAAUCGACAAUUGUUACUGCCUCGACUUCUUCAACAACACAAAAUCGAAAGAUCGUUAAAGUUGUGAGUAAUGCAACGCUCUUGAAACAAAAUGAAUUUGGACCUCAGGUUGCUGUUAAAUUGAAAAAUGCAACUGCAUACAAUGAAAUGUUGAAGCCCGAAAAAUUACGUCACAUUUAUAAAUGUAUGGGUCGAGAUUGCGCCUACACCACUGAUAAUGCUGAUUAUUUUCGAAGGCACUUUGAGAGACACUCAAUUACUUGCGAUAUUUCCAGCAAUAGUUUGGUGCCCUAUGAUUUUAAAAAAUGCGCCUACUGCUAUUCGGCCCUUGGAAGCUGGUAUCAAAUGGAAAUGCAUUAUGAGGAAAAACAUGCAUUCUGCAUGUACCAAUGCAGUUAUUGCUUUUAUAGAGCAAUUUCACAAUCAUACGUUGAAUUACAUCAGGCAAGUGCUCAUCCAACUAAGCCAGUGGCAGUUUUGCAAGGUGCAAUUAAUUGUGUAUUGAAACCAAUGACCGAUUUUAAUCGAAACGAACGAGUCAAACCCUUCGUUUGUCAAAAUGAAUGCAACAAAUAUUUCUAUGUACCAGAAGCAUUCUUUGUCCAUCUGAAAAUGAAGCAUUCCAGUAUUUCGGUAUUUAAGUGCCACAUGUGUAAAAUUGCCAGUUACUCGCCAGAGCAACUUAUUUUGCAUUACAAAACCCAUGGAAUCUUUAAAUAUCAAUGUUUACACUGCACACAUGGUUCGGAUUCCAUAAGCGAUAUUCACAGUCAUCUUAGUGCCCGGCAUUGUAAUCAGAAGCCUGUUCUCAUCGAAAGAACCUUACCUCCUCAGCCAACCAAAUUGAAAAGUGCCAUUGAUCAACUUCUGUUACGAAAUCCAGAUGAGCAUUAUUCAUUGUGCUCGGAAUUAAUUACUUUAAUUAAUUCACCCGACGAAUCGACGGAUUCUGAUGCCAAGACUAAAUCAUCGGACCCUAAGUUGCAAACUAACACCGUUAAAGAUGUGAGCAAUUUUGUGAUAUCAGUUACUUCUCCUCGACCCAACAGUCCACCGACUAUCAAAAUAGUUGCCACCGAGAGUCUUCAGAAGAGUGAUCAGCAAUUAAAGAGUAUCGACAGUAAUAAGGAGCCAGAAAUAAAGUUGAAGUACAAAAUAGCAAAUAUAGAUCCAUCAGAUGGUGAUCCCUUACGAAUUGUAAGUAACGAAGAUGGUGAUGAAUUCGUGAAUAUGAAUCUUCUCGAUAAUCCCGAUUUCCUGAAGAAUAAAUCUUUCCCCCUGAAGACAAAUGCAGCCAAGGAUGAUGAAGACAGUGAUAUUGAAAUAAUAGAAGACUGUGGAGUACCUCAAAGCAAAGAGAAGAAUUCACCAGAAUCGAAAACGAAAGAUCUAUUGCUUUUGAGUGGUGCCGAUAAUUCCGAUUUAUCGAACGAUGCGGCAAGUCUAAGCUCCUUGAGUCCAAGUAAAACUGAUAAAUUCCUAACUCUCGAUGAUAUUAGACACACGGGUCUUGAAGGCGAAGCACUAUACAAAUGCGGUGCACUCAAAUGCAAAUUUGCAGCUUCAAAUUCAAAAAUUCUAAGAAAUCAUCUCAAGGAUUGUUGCGUGAAAAAUGUCCCCUACAGUUCUAAUAAUGCAAUAAAUUUCCAGUGUAUGCAUUGUGAUAAGACUUUUCAAAAGAUUGGCUUCUUCAUGGAACAUUUGGAUAUCCAUGGAUUAAAGAGAUUCUGUUGCAGUGUUUGUGGAGGAAAAUACGCGAUGCAAACUCAAGCACAAACACACAUGAAAAUGAAACACAAAUUUAGCUCUAGACUUCUUCCGGCCGAUCCAAAAAAUCCAACAGCCGAUGGUCUAUUCUUCGUUCAACCAAUUUUGAAAGCAAAGAAAAAAAUACAAUUAUCAAAACCGGAGAAUGUGAAAAUUUUAGAUCCCGAUAAAACGUGUUUCUCACCCAAUGAAAUUGAUCUUCUGCCACGUCAGGCAAUCUAUCAACGAGAAGUUCAAUGUGCCGUGUGUCCAUUCUCGACUAAAGUUCGCUCGAAUAUUUUACGCCACCUACAACUUCAUGCGAAAGAUGAAACUGUUCCAGAAUCAGGACCCGUUAAUCCCGUGCCAUGUUUGGACAAGCGAGAAAAAAUGUUUGAUAAAAUGGUCAAUCUCGCGAGUAGCUCUCAUCAAAAUGGUCGCAUGGGAGUUAAGACAGCAAAAGAAACAGUGAUUCAAAGCGAUGAGGAAACACUACCAAAAUACGUUCCCGAAAGUAAACGAUACGUUUGCGGUAUUUCCGAGUGCUCAUAUUUAACCGUAAAUGAAGAUAUGUUACGCUAUCAUCUAAAAGCCCUUCACUCGGACGAACCAUUCUUCAAAUGCACUCAUUGCAAGGAACAAGGACAAGAGGGACAGAAUAUUUCCAUCGAAAAAAUGGGAAUUCAUCUAAAAAUGCACGACUCGAAACUGUACAAGUGCUCCUACUGCAACUAUUUUCACUAUCAACGGUACGUGGUGGAACGUCAUCUGGGCGAUAAGCAUGGAGACAAGAAACCCCUUGUGAAAGUUGUUCGUGAAUUCGAAUCAAACGAAAAUAAUCAAUCCUCACCCGAGGAGAUUGAUGAGGACAUACCAGAUCCGGACGGAAAUCAAUGGAAAUGCAACAACUGUGAAUAUCGCUGUGUUUAUAAAUCGGAAAUGCAAGCGCACGCCAGCACCGAACACGAUGAGAAGAGUCAAUUUAGAUGCAGCAUUUGUCCUUAUAAAACAAAUGGAAAAAUUCAAUUGGAUCAACAUUUAAUUUCUAAGCACGCGAAUGAGCCGGAAGCUGAUUUUUCUAUGGUUUAUCAGAAAAUUAAGGGUUUGAAGAAAAUUCCGGAGACUAAUGAUCAACAAGGCACUUCUGAGGAACCUUUUGAUACGACACCACUUUGGAGAAGAGAUAUGCCGAGAGUUAAGCACAUUCGGGGAAUUUUGAUUGAAGAGGAUCCAUCUUCUUCGAUGUCUAGUCCACCGGUGACGCCGGAUAAAUCCGGAAAACGAAAGAAUGAUUCGGACAGUCCGAAUAAGCCGACAAAGAUAAAGUGUAUCAAGCCUGUGGCAAUGAGUUCAUUGAACGAUCCACUCGUCGAAGAAACUGGUAAAUAUGGGUCUUAUGGAAGUCCCGAGAAGGAUAUGUACGUGUGCACUAUCUGCACAAAUGGACGUGAAUUCAGGACGAGAUACAAACACGAUAUGCGAGAUCAUCUUUAUCGAGAACUGAGAUAUGUCAGAUGGCAUUGCAAGAGUUGCGGAUUCGUGUCAGUCAAUAAAAACUCACUGACUAGACAUUGUACCAAAAGUCAUGAGGGUCAAGUUCCUAAUUUCGAAUCCUUGCCAGUGAAUGAGGAAAUCGAGGAAUGGGUCAACGUUUUAUUGAGGCGUCAGACGGAGAAAAUUAAAAAGUACAUAGACACUUUAACUGGAAAUUCAAGUGAAUCAGGAAAAUCAUCACAAAAUAGCGGCAAAUCACCAAUCAAGGCACAAAGUUCCUCGAUUCAUGUCGAUUCCGAGGAAGAUGCCAGUGACGAUGACGAUAAUGAAAGCGAUGACGAGGGUGGUCCUCCAGUCGUCAAUGAUGGAACUGAAGAGAAAAAUCCAUUGGAAACUGAUGAUGAAAUUUCUGAAAAUUCAAUUGGUUCACUCAAAGCAUGUGAGAAAACGGAAUUGAUUCUGGUCUGCAAGCAUUGUCAGCAAAAAUUCCCAAGCAAACGUGGAUUCAAAAUGCAUGUCACCAAGCAGCACUUGAAAAAAUACAAAUAUUUGUGUACCUAUUGCGAUCGAAGUUCGAAUUUAGAAUCAAUAAUAGAGCAACACAUUCGUGCGAAGCACACUGGUCGCUAUGUGAAAGCUAUUCCCAACAUUUUUGCUCAAGAAAUCGAAAUAAAUGACGAAUUCUGGGAGAGGGAGUACGGUGUUCCGCCAGGAAAGGAACGACGCGGUCAAAAACGUAAAGCCAACUUUGACGAAUCUGGAGAUAAAUCAAAAGAAUUGUCUUCAUUUGUCUGUCGUGUUUGUCAGUUUGUUGCUCUAACGCUAGCCGGUUAUAUUUCUCACAAGAAAUCACACAAAAUGAUUUAUAAAUGCGCCUACUGCUCGUAUCAUGCAGUCGUUAAGAAUGACGUAAGAAAACAUUCGAAAACUGAGCAUCCACAUUUAUCGGCCAACAUCGAGGAAAUUGCUGUGAGUAACGAUAGUACGAUUCCACCAAAAAUUGAGGAAACAAAACCAGUUGUGGAAAAUCUACCAGUUCCAUCGAAACCGAACCAGAGAUAUGUCUAUUGGUGCGAAUAUUGUAAUGUUCGAUGUAAAUCGUUGUUCUCGAUCAAGAAACAUUGGACUCGUCUUCAUAAGGAUCCAAGGCCACAUGAAAAUAAUAAAUGGAAAGUUGGACCUUUCAAGUUUACGAUUGAAGAAGAUCAACCGGCGCAGAAGAAGGAAUCUAUUCCUGGACUAAUGAGUACAAACACAAAUGUUACAUCGAACGAAACUUGGGUUUGCGGAUGGUGUAAUGAUUACUCGAACGGAAAAGAAAAUAUGGAUCUUCAUCAUCGUAAUUUCCAUUCUCAUCUUGAGCAAAAGUGCUCCUUGGUUGAAUCCCGAGAGGAUCCAAAGGAUCUUAAAUGUCCCGAAUGCAGUGAAUUCAAGACAAAAUCACAAGACUUAAUGUUAAAACACAUUACUCGUCAUUUCAAGAAAUUCCAAUGUAAAUAUUGCGAUAAAUACUUUACAGAAUCGUUUCAAUGUACAGCUCAUUGUGUAGCGGCACAUCCUGAAAAUGAGCCAAAAGUUGAAACAAGAAAAAAUUACGAUUCUCUUCUACAAGAAAUGAUGAAAUUGGCGCAAAGGGGAAUUUCAAGAAAGAAUUCCGAUUAUGUUGGAAUUGCCAAGAAAUCAACAGCAAAACCUGUCGUUCGUGUUCGUCCAUUCUCAAAGAAAUUUAAAUCAGUCGCGAGAAAAUCCACAACUCCAUUGCCACGAUAUCCAUUGGGUAUUAAAUAUCAAAUGGAAGAAUUUUCAAAUUAUGGAAUAAAAACAGAUCCAAUUGAUUUAGCGACAGUUAAUACUUAUAUGGUUGUUGGCGGUCAUCGAAUGAAGGUAAAUUGUACAACACUUUCACAGUUUAUGAACAUAAAUCCAAAAUUAAUACUUGUCGAUAUCAAAGGAAGAAUGAAAUAAAUUUAGGUUUUGUAGACUGAUUCACAAUUCUUAAUGAAUGCAAAAUUCUCACGAAUGAGAAAAAAAACUAUAUUUUUUUAGUUGUCCAUUAUGUUUCGCAGGGAAAUUUUUCUUUACUAAAUUAUGAAUUUUUCAAGCAUAAUUUACUCUAUUUUUUGUAAUUCAAAUUAUAGCCAUAUAUUGUAAAAAAAAAUGUGAUUUCGAGUUUGAUAAAAUCUCGUUAGUUUUAAUUCGAUUCUUUUGUUCCUCAAUUCAAGUAAUUAGCUUGCGUUUUAUUGUAAAUUAUCAAUAGUUUUUUUUAUGAAUCUCAAUCUCUAUAUACGAAUUUUUUUCAUUGUUUACUGGAGAGUAUUUGAGAAAGGGAAAAAAAUGUAAAUUAUUUUUCUGAUUUCACAAAUAGUGUAUAAUAUAGAAUGCAUAAUUUGUUAUAAAUAUCAAUUGUUUUUAACUUUACAUUGGAAUUGUAAUUUGCAGUUUUAUAAAAACUUGAAAAUCGACAGUUUAAUCGAAAGUUUAAAUAUUAAAAUGUUUAAACUAUUUUUAUUUAAAAAAAGAGAGUUUUGUAUGUAACUAAAUAAAAUUUAGUUUUCUUUUUUUUUUGCUUCUUUUGAUAAAAUAUUGAAAAUUUCUUUCAAUCUAUUAAAUUGAGUGUUUCAGGUUUUUAUUGUAACUGCAAAAAAACAAAUUGAUGUGUAGUUCCUUGUAAUUUCUGUUUCCUUUCAUUUCCCGAAAUUUGUAUGCUUAAUAUUAUUUACCAAUUUUUAAUUAUUCUCAAGAAUGUAUUUGGCCAGAAAAGUUUUUGGUAAUAAUAUUUAUCAAGAAAAAAUGUGAAUUAAAACAACUGUACAUAUUGUAUCAUAUAUAACUUUAAAUAAAUAUUUUUGAUUUUUGUAAA